ACUGGCCUGCAAACGACCUUUUCACAGAUAUCAGAUUUUCUCAAAUCUCAAUGAACUCAUGGAUUUUGAAACAGUCAUGGAGGAUUUUGUCGGUGUAGAAGUUCGAGAUGCAAAUGGAGCUUUUUACAAGGCAGUGCUAAAGAAUAUAUUUGAAGACGAAGUGAGCAUAGCAUUUGAAAACAACUGGACAGCAGAGAGAAGAGUUCCAAUUAAUGUUGUUCGUCUUCCACCCGAAGCCUCAAGAGAAGUGCUAGAACUCAAGUCUGAUGAUGAGGUCGAGGUGUAUUCAAGGUCAUUUGAAGGUGAACCUUGCGGAUGGUGGAGAGCCAAAAUACAAAUGGUGAAAGGGGAGUUCUUUGUCAUAGAAUAUACAGGCUAUGACGCCACGUACAAUGAAAUAGUACAAGGUGAUAGGCUGAGGCGGAUAAAUCCAAAUGGGUGUUUGAGCAAAGAAAGUAUUCAUAGAGCAGUUGUCAAUGUACCAACGGAACUCAGGCAAUUUUGUAAAGAUGCGUCAAAUCACAGGGAUUACGUGAAAGCCACCGGAGCUCUCCUGGUUACGUAUAGCGAGACCGAUAACGCAUUGGUUGUCUUUGCUACGUCGGCACAGGGUUUGAAGAAGGCACAGAUGCUGAGUGACAUGCACAUACGGAACCUUCGAGAGAAGAUUCUGAUGUUGUCAAGGGCGGAAGAAGCAGCACAGCAACUGGAGGUGUCCAAGCAUCAAACGGAUGGGCACAUGGAAGAGUUCUCGGUGAAAGAAGAACUGAUGGGUCUGGCUAUUGGUAGCCACGGUGCUAACAUCAUGAAUGCCAGGAAGAUCGAAGGCAUCAAGAGGGUCGAUCUGGAAGAGAACACAUGCACGUUUAGAGUGUAUGGAGAAACCCAUGAAGCAGUAAUAAAAGCAAGAAGUAUGUUAGAAUUCUCUGAUGAUUAUGUCACCGUACCAAGGCAAUUAAUAGGUAAAGUAAUAGGUAAGAACGGACGUGUCAUCCAGGAGAUUGUGGACAAGUCGGGGGUCGUUAGGGUAAAGGUCAAAGGUGACAACGAGAGAGGUCAGAUGGAGGACGAUGGGGUUGUUCCAUUUCUCUUCGUUGGGACCAAAGACUCAAUUGAGAAUGCCAAGAUUCUUCUUGAAUACCAUCUAGCACAUCUCAAGGACAUGGAAGACCUUCGAAUCCAAAGGCUACAGAUUGAUGAGCAGCUACGGUCUAUGGGCCACCCUUCCGGCGCCUACCCGCCCAUGGGCAGAGAGAGGAGAGGAGACAGGGGCUAUGGGUCAGACCAGUCGUUGGAGGAUUACGGGGGCUACAGAGGCAGAGGAAGGGGCAUGUCCGGUGGUAGAGGGAUGCCUGGAAGGGGGCGUGGAGGAAGGGGGAGCGGCGGAAGAGGGAGGUCAUUUACAGAUACAAGUCGUAGCGGAUCGGAGAGGGAAGAGCCAAGAUCAAAUUCCUGGGCUGAUAGAGCGGCGGUGUCGGACGAUCAGGGUUACAGACGUCAUGAUGAUGGGCCUCGCUACAGGAGGGGCACCGGUGGCAGAGGAUCAUUCAGGGGGCGGGGGAGAGCACCCUAUCGUGGGCGUGGUGGUGGGGGAAGACCUCCUGUUAUGAGAGAUUCCCAAAGACCGUCAUCACCGCUCUCGGAAACGGACGAUGAUUUCAGACGCGACCCUCGGAGGCGGCAGGACGAUGAAGACGAUACUGUGUUGGAAGACACGACAACCGUCGAUGAAGAUGUCACUAAUAAUAAUGGAGCUGAUGACCAGCAGAGUAAGAGGAGGCCUAAGAAGCCUAGGAAGAGGAAACCAAGGGGUGUUAGACCGGGCGGUGACAAUCAGGAAGACACCGACACCAGUAAGACAGGAUCGCCUCAGUUCAAUAGAAGACCAUCAGGUCCAAGAAAUCGACCCAACGGACAUCCUGGUAACAGUGGGCGGGACGACAACUCUGCAGGGGAGCAACGAAGGUCCGCAUCCCCGCGCCCCGACACGAACAUGCCCAACGGUCGCGCGUCAGGAAAUGGCAAACCGCCCCCACAAGAGCAAAGAGGGGGAGGCAGAGGACGAUCCAAUCGCAGACAGAAGGGCGGGCCCACGACGAACGGGAACGUGACGGGCAGCGACACAGAGCGCGUUCCCGCUAAGGGCAAGCAAGGGAAUGGAGCCCGCAACUCCUCUCCGCAAGAACGCAAAGAAGGCCUGACCAAUGGUACUAUCUGAAGUUCGUAAUCGAAGCGAGUUCGAGAGUGAGUGAAGGAAGUGCGUUUACCGCCAGUUUCAAAAUUAUGCAAAUAUUUGAGGAUUAUGACAAAUCUGUUUCUACUGAAUUUUACUACUUACAGUGACUAUGAUGAAGAUUUUGACUGAUGUUUUUUUUUUCUCUGCUUUGACUUUAAACUGAAGAUUGACCUUUGUAAUGUGAUGUAUUUUGUAUUCAUGAUAGAUAUGUUUUCAUGUAGUCCCAAAGGUUGAAUUUUGUGCUGCCUCUGCCUACCGUUCUGGUCACGUAACACCACUGCAUGGUGAGAAGCAAAAAUGCAAGGAAGGAUUGAAAUUCAGGUAUUGAAGAUCCAGGCGAUGGGAGAGCCAUUAGAUGCCGCUGAGUUACUUACAUGAUGCUUUAAAAAAGCUGAUAAUAAAGCAAGACAUCAAAUUAUAGAUACAAAAUAGCGUGAAAGAAAUUUCUGACAAAGCUUUUUUUCAAAGCAAUGUGUUCCUGACAAGGAUUGAACUGCCCUACACUUUGCAUAGGCAUUGCCAAGAUCUAGUAACAUCACAAUCACUGUGAUACUUCUUGAAUGCACAAUGAUGAAAGGGAGCGAGGAUAUGCUCUACUCAACAUUGCUAUUUCAAAGUAACCUCUGUGUGAAGAGGCCUUCUGCACAUCAAAUCCACUCACGUGAUGGCAUGGUUGUAAGCUCCAUAGAAAACCGUCCUGUACAUGAAAUGGUCUAUCCUGUUCGAAGGAAAUGGUUCAAACCAAUCAUUAACUAUGUCUUGUAAGCAAAUCAAUAUGCAGCAUACUACAACGCUUAUAAAGCGCUGUGUGUUGUUAGUUACCCUGGCUUUACCAGGACUACCCUGAUCGCCUGAACAGUUAGACCCCGUUCUCAUU